AUGGCAAACGAGUACAAACAACACCUUCAGUGUCAGACUUGUUUCGUGAGGUUCAGUUCUAACCAACACCUUCUGGAUCACAUUGAGAAUUACAGAGCUCGUGAACGGUUGCUUCUUGCAGAAUUGGAGCGCUGUCGGAUGCAUCUGGAGAAGCCCAACAGCGAAGAGCAAGAUGAUGACGAAUCGGCAUCUCAUUCUCCAUCGGAUCCGCUCACAUGUCCUUACAAGCCUUGUAGCCGCAACGAUCCGUAUACAUCCAGAGGAAAUCUCGCGCGACACUUCCAAACGCAUGUCGAUUGUUAUGAGACGUGUCCAUUCUGUUUCGACCCUAUCGUGAAGGUUCACCGAUAUAACAGGCAUCAUCAUGAGAGCAGCCCUGACGAUCCGAAGAGCAUUUUCAUGGAGCAAAGGAUUGUCAAUUUCAAUGCAACUGUCAGCAAAGAUUUGGACCGCUGGCAGGAUCGGCGUAGCGCUAGGAAACGAGGUCAAAUAUCUCCUGUUUCAGAGCAGGUGCAGAAGAAGAAGAAGGAGGAGGAGAAGGCUCCUGUUUCCGCCCACGAUACCAACCUAUACCCGGGACCAUCCUGCCGACAUAGUGAUUCGGCGGCAACAAAAAGAACGGUUGAUACGAUGACUACGACUAACGCGCCAACGGAACCGCAACGCGAAAUGAUCUCAACUUCGUGCGUAAUUGACCAUAUGCCUGCACAGAAGACCCCGAUUGCAGAUUCAAAUACUAAUGUAUUACUGCACACCUCUAGCAGCAUGAUUGGGGAAGAUUGGUCUCUCGAGGCCGCAACAAUGGGAGUGACAGCAAACGUGGACUGGGGUUUGGGUGAAUGGGCAUUUGCUAUCACAACCACGGAUUCGGAAUCAAACGAAUAUCCCCUAGGCGAAUGGGCAUUCGCUACUCCGGACCCCCAAACAACAAACAAUACGCUUACACUAGGAGAUUGGGCGUUUGCCCAAGCGGGUCCUGUUGCAGCAUCUGAUAGCAACUGGAAAUCGGCUUCUACGCCUGCCCGCAUGCCUAUUAACGAGCGGCCAGUACCACUUGAUGUUCCUUCAGAAGUGUCUUUCGUGCCCACUUUUGCAGAUAGUGCAAGAACAAAUAAAGAAUGA